AUGGCCACGUUUAUUGAAUCAACGGCUGCGGUUGAAGCUGAAAAGGCUGCAGCUCGUGCGUCCUCCAAGGUAGCUGCUAAAAUUAUCACUGCUCCGAACGACUCUCUGGUUGUCCAAGGCAAAGAUCUCUGCGGAGAAAUAGCUCUUUAUUGGCGUGUCGAACAAGUUGGGCUGGUUUGUUGCUGGAACACCGACAGGCCUUGUGGCAUCACCUCUCACCCACCUUCGGGAGACGCAGGCAAGUUCGAACGGAGAUGGACCAACGCCUAUAGAGCCAAGCACCGCAUCUCAUUAUCCGGCGCACCGUAUUUUGUUCACUUUGCCACAUCGCAUACCAAGGUUGUCGUUGUCGUUCGGGCGGAUAAUACAUGGAACUUGGAGAUAUUCAAUUCGGAGGACAUAUGCAGGGAAAGUGUAGGAGACGUUAAACCAACACACACGCUGUCACUUGGUGCAGAGGAUGUUGUUGACAUGCAACCCAACCCAAGCGAAGAAUCAGGCCGCAUAAAUUCAUGGGGGGCCGCGAACUCUGCCGACGAGUCAACAGCGCUUACUUCGAUUUCGUGGUCUGUUCGAGGGAAGCAAAUUGUGGCAGGGACGCGGGGCGGAGACCUAGUGCAAUUUACACCUGAAGGAGAACGAAAACAAACCAUUCCACCUCCGCCUUCCUUGUCGUCGCCCCAGUCGGUAGUAUCGGUGCUAUGGCUGGAGAAUACAGUGUUCCAUGUCGUAUACGGGAAUCCGACUUCUGACCCUUCCGAUCCAACUCACGAAUACGAAGUGUACAACAUCCUUUUUGACUCCAAGGCAAAUAGUGCAAACUAUGUGAAGUUUAUCGACCCUUCACCUCCAUAUGGUGUGGCCAGCCGGCUAUCCUGUCGACAUUAUGCACGUUUAGUAGGAUGGGAACCCGCAAAACACCUCAUAUUCGUAGCCGACGGUCCCUCAACAGACGUAGGCGCAAUCGCAUGUUUGAAUCAAUCUGAAAUUGAGGGCAAGCCGUCCCCUUGGGUUACACUCGAAGUGGACGAAACAUCUCGAAUCGCGUUGCCCAUGGACGACGAAAUGAACGAAACUUCGAUUAUGGGAUUUGAUCUUGAUCUCACUGCGACCGAGCCUAUCAGCAACUCUCAGGAAGCGGGCGAUGACGCGGUUCCCUCACCUCCUUCGCCCAUCUUGCAUUUAUAUACAUCGGCUGGCUUAGUUAUCAGCUACCACGUCCUGAAUUCUAGGGGAGAUAAGUAUCCUGGUAUGGGAACAGCUGAAGUGCCUUCCGCUGUUAGUGCGACUCCGGCCAAAGCCUUGGCGAGUACGACUCCGGCUGUGACUCCUGCAUUUGGGCGAGCACAACUCCGGCUGGGACGCCUGCAUUCGGAACGACCGGGUUUGGAACGUCUACAACUCCCGCGAAACCAGACAUCUGCACCUGCGUUCGGGCAAGGUUCAGGAUUCGGGACAACAUCUGCAUUCGGGGCAACGUCUGCAUUUGGAUCCAAGCCAGCUUUUGGAUCGUCCUCAUUUGGAGCUGCCAGCGGAGGCGGGUUUGGAAAGUUCAGUUCCACCACUCCGGCGGGUACACCUGCGAGCGGCGGAUUUGCGGAUUUGGGUCUAAACCUGCCACAUUUGGUUCAACAUUAG